AUGGAAAACCGUGGCCUACCAUCUCGUAUAUUCGCUGAUUUGGAAGAACCUGCUGGUGAUAGGGUCAAUCAGUAUUUCAAGCUUAAUACCAUUCGGGUUGUUCUGAGGGCUCUUCAGCCUGAAGAACUUGACCAAAUCCGUCCGUUUUUUGGGAAACUGCUUGAGAUGCCUCUGCCGCCGAUUGAUCAGUCUCUGGUCAAGUGUCCGCCUGGUGUUACGCCUUACUGGUUCACGCUAUUUGGAGGCGAAGAGUUUGUCACCGCGGAGAUGUUACAGGCGAAGCUUCGGAGGCCGCGGGCGCUGACCAGUGAGUUAAGGGUUAAGUACGCAUGUCUUCUGCUCGUUGAUGGUCUUUUAUGCCGCCGGUCGUUUAACAUGAAAAUUCCUAAAGAACAUGUUGAGAUGAUUCGCAGCCUUGAUUCCAGGGCGGUUAAUCAAUUGGCGCAGGCAACAGUCGCUAUCCAAGGUUUUAUCCAUGCUCUACAGCUUGUUUUUGUCGAGGCUGUUCCAGAUGUCCUAGAUGCUGUUGGCGAUGCGACGGAUCCUGAGUCUGGUGGUGAAGAAGUGUUUCCUGUUAUUUCGUUGAAGCUGGAUAAGGUCUGGGAUUUAGAUGCUCAAGGGGAGGUCCAAGUUCUUCCAAUUAUUCCUGCCAAUGAGGAAGGUGAUGUUGUUGAUGAGGGUCUUGCGGAUUGCAGUUGGCCGGAUGAAGUUGGCGAUCCCAGUGUUGAAUUCCUGCUUCACCAGUUGGAGGAAGGGGUUGUGUUUAAGCGUGACAUGUUUGUAGGUGGUUUUAGAGGUCUCGCUGCUCCUGCGCAGCCUCCUUCUCGUGUUGUCAAGAAAGGGAAACGCAAAUGUAAUGCCAAGUUGUUGCCUAAAGAGAUGUCAAAUGGUGAGGCUUCUUCAUCUAAGAAACUGAAGAUGCGGUCCCAGCGUGCCAAGUUUGAUAGUGUCGACCCAAAUUCUAAGUUGCUUGCUGCUGUAUCUUCCCAAAUUCGGGCUGGUCUGAAAGAAUCUCAAUCCGCUGUUUACGCAAACCUCUGUAUUGAUAUCAAAGAGAUGGAGUUGCGCCUCCAGCAAAGUUUCAAACAAAACAUUUUCUCUGUUGUCGCUGAAUACUUAGCUGCCAAAGACACUGUCAACACUGUAGUAGACGCUCUUGGGUCUGGAGGAGGCCGUCCUGUUUCCCACCUAAACCAGGACCCGGUUCAACCUGAUCCUCUGCUUUCUGACCCUUACGCACCCGCUAAACUCUCAUCUCCAAAGGAUACUACUCCAACUGUCCAAGGUGAAACUGGCAGCUCCUCUGCGGCUGCAAGCGGGGAGAAGUCAUCCGGAGGUGAUACUGUUGUGCAAUUCUCUGAACAACUCCCCGAUUCUGCUACUGAGGUUGACCCUUCUUCUGAUAAGUUCAAACUCCUAAUCACGCAUAUGGUUCCGACUUUGUAAGUAUGCCUUUCCUUGGU